AUGAAUCGUAUUCAAAAUAUUGAAAACCAAGUCCACGGUUUCUCCGCGGAGAUCGUGGUGCUGGGUUCCUGCUUCAUGGACUACUUUGCCUAUGUCGACCGAGCCCCCCAGAUGGGCGAAACGCUCCACUCACAGUCAUUUAUGAGGGGUUUCGGCGGCAAAGGCGCGAAUCAGGCGGUUGCGGCAGGUCGCCUCAGCGCAAAAGUGGCGAUGGUGAGCAUGGUCGGCAGCGACGGCGACGGUGCGGGGUAUAUAAAGCAUCUGCAGGAGAGCGGUGUCGAUACGAACUUUGUCUUUCAGCACCCCAAUAACGCGAGCGGGCUGGCGAUGAUUAUUGUGGAUAACAAUACUUCCAAUAACGAAAUUGUGAUCUGCCCCAAUGCCACGUCCCACCUCCUCCCCCAGUUCUUACGCGAGAGGACGAACAACUUUGACACCUUUUUGACGAAAUCCGUGAAGUAUAUUAUCUGCCAGAAUGAAAUUCCCCUUGAGACCACACUGGAGGUCCUCAAGGAGGCGCACUCCCGGGGCAUUUACACCAUCUUCAACGCCGCCCCGGCGCCGACCUCGAAGCAGGUGGUCCAGAUCAAGCCCUACCUUCCCUAUGUCUCACUCUUCUGCCCGAACGAGAUCGAGGCCUUCCACAUGACGGGCGUCAAAGUGACGGAUACGAAAUCGGCCACGAAGGCGGUUGCCGCGCUGCAGGCGCUCGGCAUUCGCGAUGUGAUCAUCACGCUCGGGGCGGCCGGCUUCGUGCUCUCUGAGAACGGCGGGAAGCCGGUUCACUGCAAGGGAAAGGUUGUCAAGGCUGUCGAUACCACCGGUGCGGGAGAUUGUUUUGUGGGAUCGGCAGCGUAUUUCAUGAGUCGUGGGCACAGCUUGCUCGAGGCUUGUCGGCGGGCAAAUGAGUGUGCUGCGAUUAGCGUUACGCGGAAAGGAACGCAGUCGUCGUAUCCGAAGCCGUCUGAGCUACCUCCUGGUCUUAUCUAA